AUGGAGAAGGAUGCCGCCGCCAUGCAUAGGAGGCACCGGCCGGGCCCCGGGGCACCUCUGGAGGUGGCCUCUGGACACCUCAAGGCCAGCGACAUGGCUGAUCUCCAGAGGAGCAGGAGCAUGGGCGGCUUACACCAGAAGGGGGACCCUCCGAGCAGCAUCCGGAAGCUGUGCAAGGAGCUAGAAUCUGAAGAUCAAGAAAAAGACCUGAGAAGCGACGCCAAAGAUACCAUCUGUCAGGCAAACCUCAAGGAAGACAAUCAGGAAGAGAAUCAGGAUGGCCUUGGAAAGUCAGACCACGAGCAUGGAAAGAUGGAACCAGAGGUUGAGAAGAGCGACUCAGAGGCCAGUGGUGAGGAGGAGCCGGAAGGAGGAGAGAACACAGACAAAUGCCUCCAGGAGGCCAAGGAACAGGAGUCAGAGUCCAUAAAGCUGAAAGACCUUCUGGAAAAAGAGAAACCAUCUGUGUUUGUGGAGAUUGAUCUCGGAGGCCAUGCUGAGGAGGUGGUCACGUGUGCCAUGAGAGAAGAGAAGAGGUCCCAGAAGGACAUGGGGGAUUUGUCAGAAGAUGAGACCAGGACCAGCUGGGUGUGCUGCAUUCCAUACUCCACCAGAAAGAAGGUGAAGGAGAGUGUGUAGCAGUCCUGGAGGAGGGGCACCGAUGACCCGGAU